GCAGUCAGAGUUUGCGACGCCUGUAGAAUCCACAACAACCAGUGAGAUUAGGAGUUUAACCUUUCUUCAAAUUUGAGCCAAUUGCAAGGGAAAAUGGGAGGUUCCCAAGUGCUGUUGUGCAUCCAACGUGGGACUAUGGAACGAAGACUGAAAAAAAUAAAGUAAAAAAAAUAACUCAUGGUGGAUAGGUACUGAAGUUGGGACUGAACCAGGCUCCGAACGCCGAGGUUUUCUGACCAUAGACUGCAUCUGAUAAGCAUUUACUAGGAACUACCCUAACCCGUCGAGUGUGCGGCGAAAUUGGGAUCAAUCGGCACAAAGUGUAUACUUUUUGGGGUGUUUUGUAGCGCUAUAAACGAGAAGUCAACGAUAACUCGUUUUCGGCACCGAUCUCACCUCUUUCGAGUGCUUCAUUUGCGUACCAGAGUAACGCCGUCAAAGUUUUAGCCAACAUUCCAAGCGUGCGAUGAAGAGAAGAUACAUUAAAGAGUUUGUUCCGAGUGCCACUGCCGAUGCAAUCCGCAUAGGCUAGUAUUUGGAAAAUGUGUGUCACAUGUAUAUUUGACAUGAACGCAAUCUUAAAUUAAGAGCCCCUGUUGAUGUUUGCCAUGUUUUUUUCUCUGGCAUUUUUAGGCUAUUGAUGUUUCCCCAAAACUAAUCGCUUUGCCAAGAAAGGAUCCUCAUUUCAACCUUUUAUGGACAAGUUUCAAUUUACUUAUGUUAUUUAAUUCUGUCUGCUUGACAAGUUUAUUGUAGCCUUCUUGCUUCGUAAACCGUGAUUCACCUUUGAUUUCAGCACACAUUGGACAAAAGUUGGACUGGGAACUUGCGUCUAAACGACUCGGUUAUUUGGAAGGGUAGACCAGUUGUACACGCCACAGGUGUUAGUUUUUUCUACAUUUGACCACAACUCAAUUUGUGAUAUAAUAGACCGCACUAUCUCUAAAACGGUACCAGAUUUCCAAUUUGUGGAUACGACGAGAGAUCAGUGGCCAGCGCGCGAUUAAACUUGAUACAAAAUGGCGGCGUCCCUGGGACGAAUUGGAUCGGUUUCUCACUAUGGUUUUUAUUUAGUUUUAUCGCUGGAACUGUUAAUCAAUUACGGCUUGAGUUCAGAUUUACCAUGUGCUCAGAACUGUACCUGCACUGGAGAUUCUGUGGACUGUAGUCAUUUGGAUUUGACAGAUACACCGCUGGACCUGCCCAUUCAGACAGUUGCCCUAAAUCUUGGCCACAACAAGUUGACAGCCAUUGAUGUCGGAGCCUUCUCAAACCUCCCAAACCUACGAGAGCUGCGCCUGGACCAUAAUGAGCUGACAUCCAUCCCUGAUCUAGGACCGGCUGUGUCUCAGAUCGCUUCCCUCUACCUACACCACAAUAAGAUCCGCACCAUCGAUGGGAGGCGGAUGAGAGACCUGAUCUCCGUGGAAACCCUGGACCUGAGCAACAAUGACAUCACUGAAGUCAGAGUUCAAGGUUUCCCCGCAGGUCUCCAGAUCAAAGACCUGUACCUGAGCAACAACAAGAUACAGUUCCUGGAGGCCGGUGCUCUGGACCAGCUCUCCUCCACCCUGCAGGUUCUGAGACUGAGCCGGAACCGCAUCUCUCAGGUCCCUGUCAAAGGCUUCCAGCUGCCCAAGCUCACCCAACUUGAGCUGAACAGGAACCGCGUGAGGCAGGUGGAGGGGCUGACCUUCCAGGGCCUGGCCAGUCUGGAGGUCCUCAAGCUGCAGAGGAACAACAUCAGCAAGCUCACCGACGGAGCCUUCUGGGGCCUGGCCAAGAUGAAAGUGCUUCACCUGGACUACAACAGCCUGAGGGAAGUGAACAGUGGCUCCCUGUACGGCCUGUCCUCUUUGCUGCAGCUCUUCCUCAGCAACAAUUCCAUCUCCCACAUCAACCCAGAUGGCUGGAGGUUCUGCCAAAGGCUACGGGAACUGAAUCUGUCCUACAACAACCUGAGUCGUCUGGAUGAGGGCAGCCUGGCGGUGCUAGGGGACCUCCACACCCUCCGUCUGGGGCACAACGCCAUCAGCCACAUCACCGAGGGGGCCUUCAGAGGCCUCAAGGCCCUGCGCCUCCUGGAGCUGGACCAUAAUGACAUCUCAGGCACAAUAGAGGACACCAAUGGGGCCUUCUCUGGACUGGACAGCCUCAACAAGCUAACUCUGUUUGGAAACAAGAUCAAGUCAGUGGCCAAGAAAGCCUUCUCAGGACUGGAGGCCCUGGAGCACCUGAACCUGGGAGAGAACGCCAUACGCUCCAUCCAGCCAGAGGCCUUCAGCAAGAUGAGGAGCCUCAGGAACCUGCUCAUCCAGAGUGACAGUUUCCUGUGUGACUGUCAGCUCAACUGGUUCCCUGAGUGGCUGAUGACCCGGGGGCUACAGACUGGCGUAGAGGCUACCUGUGUCCACCCCGAAAUCCUGAAGGGUACUAGUGUCUUCCAGGCUCCACCAGACAGAUUUGUCUGUGAUGACCUGCCUAAGCCCCAGAUCACGUUGCAGCCAGAGACCACAGUGACGGUUCUGGGUAGUGACGUGCGCCUCAUGUGCACGGCAGCCAGCAGCAGCAGCUCACCUAUGACCUUCGCCUGGCGCAAAGACCAGGAGCUGCUCCGUCAUGCUGAGGUGGAGAACUUUGCCCACCUGCGCGCUAACCACGGGGCGGUGCAUGAGGCCGGGGGGGUGAUGGAGUACACCACCAUUUUGCACCUGCGUCAUGUGACCUUCGCCCACGAGGGCCGAUACCAGUGCAUCAUCACCAACCACUUUGGCUCCUCCUACUCCACCAAGGCCCGCCUUACUGUCAACGUCAUGCCUACAUUUGUGAAGACCCCUCGAGACAACACCAUCCGUACGGGCACCACUGCCAAGCUGGAGUGUGCGGCCGAGGGCCACCCCACCCCUGAGAUCGCCUGGCAAAAGGACGGAGGCACGGACUUCCCGGCGGCACGCGAGCGGCGGAUGCACGUGAUGCCUGACGAUGACGUGUUCUUCAUCAUGGACGUCAAGCUGGAGGACAUGGGCGUCUACAGCUGCACCGCCAAGAACACAGCGGGCACCGUGUCUGCCAACGCCUCUCUCAUCGUGCUGGAGACGCCCCACCUGGCCCAAGAGCUGGAGGACCAUAGUGUAGUGGUGGGGGAGACUGUAGCCCUGCAGUGUAAGGCCCUGGGCAGCCCCCCACCCAAAAUCACCUGGCUGAGGAACGACGAGCCCCUCCGCUCCUCCGACCGACACCACUUCACCCCCGGCAACCAGCUGUUGGUGAUCGGCAGCGCCGCCCUAGAGGACGCUGGCAGGUACACGUGUGUAAUGUCUAACACGCUGGGCACAGAGCGCGGCCACAGCCAGCUGAGUGUCCGCCAGACCGGCUGCGUCGCCCCGUCCGGCCCCAGCACCGUCACUAUGGGCAUCAUCGUCAUCGCUGUGGUGACCAGCAUCGUGGUGACCUCGCUGGUGUGGGUGUGCAUCAUCUACCAGACGCGCAAGAAGAGUGACGAGUGCAGCGUAACCAACACCGAUGAGACAAUCGUGCCCCCGGACGUCCCCAGCUACCUGUCCUCCCAGGGGACCCUCUCGGAGCGCCAGGACGUGUGUAUCCGCGUGGAGGCUAGCAUUGGACCUCCGCUCAACGGACACAUAGACAACACAGGUUACAAUGGGGCUGUAGUGUGUACAGAGUGUAUGGAGAACGGAAACAGCUACUCCAAGACAGACCUCGACUAUCUCACCCAGGGGCUGGGACCUGUAGGCCUGGAGUACCAACAACACCCCCACCCCAUGGACUACAGUGUACCUGUACCCCUAGGGGUGGAUACGGGACCCCUCUCCAACGGGACCCCCAACGGAGUCAGAAGGGAUUCCUCGCCACCUGAAUUUACAUCACAGAGAAACCACCACAACAGAAAAGGUUCCUCAGUGAACAGGACGGGACACACAACUCUAGUGUGCUCCCCAUCCCAGGAGGAGGCCUUCCACAAGCCGGUGAAACUCGCCACCGUAAGAUGCCAAGACACACUGGACACAGAUCGUGAGCCAGAACUCAGACAGACUCUACUGUCCAACGGACACACUCCCAGAGCCUCCCAGAGUGACAGCACCCCCCUCAGGAGCGCCAGCGACUAGCAGGCCCUCCCCACCCGGACACUAAUAGACUCACUAGCCCUGAGUGGACUUGUUCUUUGCACUGGGAACUGCUACCUCAAACAGAGAGGCCAAGAUCUGAUCCCCUCCCCUGUUUGGACUAACAGGGUGGGAGCUGGGAGGGGGGUGGCAUCCAGAGGUUUGAAGGCAGAGCUUGUGUGGGUGGCGUCCCAUUUGAGCGUAUCAGCUGUACAUACUUAAAACCUUCCCCUGGGAGGUCAACCAAUCCUAGCUCCAAAUGUGACUUGCAUUUGAAGCAUGCAAAUGUAGGGAAUGUUUUACAGUAAUGUGUGAAAGAGAGCAAAAUAGAUAUAUACCAUUGGACAAUUAACUGUACAUAAGAGUUUUCAUAUAUAUUAUAUAACUUUUACAAAGAGUAUUUGAAUUUAUUCUGUGCAUGACAAAGAACGGAGUGAUGGUAUUUUUUUCUCUCUUUUAAAAGCCUCUACUUACCAGCUUCAACUGCGGUGCCUUAUUGCAUGAUCAAAGAAACCACAAACGGGACUCGUAGUAUAGCAGAGAUUUGUGAGAGCUAUCGUACACUCUUUGUCAUACCAUGGAACACUUUAUUGCACUUGAAUGUUGUUUGACAAACGCAAAUGCUGCCAUCAUGGCCUUAAACCAUAACUCAUAUUUACUGGUAUUUUAUGAAGGAAGCUUUAAUUUGUAUUUAUUUUGGUACGUGAUAUGGUAACACCUAUGACAAGGAAGUGUUUGGGAUAUUAAUCUAGGUUUUUGAUGUUUAAGCACUUUUGUACUCAUCAUAAAUGACCUCUGGAAACAGACUCGGUACAUGUAACCCAAUAGGAACGUAAGAAAUCCUAGUCAGGAAAUGCGACUUAUUUCUGACAUAGCCAUGGAAUGUCAAGUCUUUCCCACCUGUCAUGGUACUAACUACAGUGCCUUCAGAAAGUAUUCAUACCCCUUGACUUAUUCCACGUUUUGUUGUUACAACAGCCUGAAUUCAAAAUGGAUUUUCACCCAUCUACACACAAUUACCCCAUGACAAAGUGAAAACAUGUUUUUAGAAAUGUUUGCAGAUUUAUGGAAAAUUACUUUCAAACUGUAACUCGGCCACUCAGGAACAUUCACUGUCUUCUUGGUAAACAACUCCAAUGUAAAUUUGGCCUUUUGUUUUAAGUUAUUGUCCUGCUGAAUGGUAAAUUCAUCUCCCAGUGUUUGGUGGAAAUCAGACAGAACCAGGUUUUCCUCUCAAAUUUUGCCUGCGCCUAGCUCCAUUUAGUUUUUUAUCCUGAAAAACUCCCCAGUCCUUAACAAUUAAAAGCAUACCCAUAACAUGAUGCAGCCACCACUAUGCUUGAAAAUAUGGAGAGUGGUGCUCAGUAAUGUGUUGUAUUGGAUUUGCCCCAAACAUAACACUUUGUAUUCAGGAUAAAAAGUUAAUUGGUUUGCCACAUUCCUUGCAGUAUUACUGAAAACAGGAUGCAUGUUUUGGAAUAUUAAAUAUUCUUUACAGGGUUCCUUUUCACUCUGUCAGUUAGGUUAGUAUUGUGGAGUAAGUACAAUGUUGUUGAUCCAUCCUCAGUUUUCUCCCAUCACAGCCAUUAAACUCUGUUUUAAAGUCGCCAUUGGCCUCCUGGUGAAAUCCCAGAGGGGUUUCCUUCCUCUCCAUCAACUGAGUUAGGAACGAUGCCUGAUACGCCAUCCCACGUGUAAUGAAUAACUUAACCGUAGGAUAUUUUUACCAAUCUACAAAUGGGUGCCCUUCUUUAUGAGGCAUUGGAAAACUUCCCUGGUCUUUGUGCUUCAAUCUGUGUUUGAAAUUCACUGCUUGACUGAGGGACCUUAAAGAUAAUUGUAUGUGUGGAUGAGAUGAGGUAUGUCAUUGACUCAAGACAUUUCAACUUUUUAUUUUUAUGAAGUUGUAAAAAUGUCUAAAAGCAUAUCUCCACUUUGACAUUAUGGGGUAUUGUGUGUAGAUCAGUGACAAAACAUCAACAUUGAAUCCAUUUUAAAUUCAGGCUGUAACUCAACCAAAUGUGGAAAAAGUCUAAGGCUGUGAAUACUUACUGAAAGCACUGUACCAACCAGGGCUUAGAACCACAUUUUUGUUCCCUUUGUUUUGUUCUGAACAUAACCUUUUUUUCUUAUUUUGUUUUUACAACAAGAAAUGUAGUUCUGAAGCUGUUUGAACCUCCAAAAAUACUGAUUUAUAUCGUUCCUUACUGUUCCCUUUUAAACAUGUGAUUUAUUCUUUUUUUAUUCACGCCAACAUUAAAUGACUUCACCAAUUAGUGCGGAUAGAGCAGCUUGCUAUGGAACGGGUAAGCUAUAGUUAUUUUUUUACAUUCAUUGGACAGACGUUAAGGCGCGAGAUGCUAAUUUGUUUGUGUAGUGAGAGAGAGCAGAGGAGGCUUGGCUUGAAGCGCUGAGCAUCUUGUUUAUUACAUGCAUUUAUAUGAAUUAGGCCCACAAAUAUUCAACCUACGGAAGAGUGUCUUCUAUGGAGGAUCUUUGAACUUCAGAGAGUUGGCUUAACGUUGGACCAGAGCUAGCUAGCUAACAAGCUGUGCAGAGCGGCACCAGAAUGAAAAUAAAAACAUGUCUUUCCCGUUUGUAGUUAAUAAAUCCAAUCCAAUGUGAUAACUAUAGUAUCCUUAACUAACAUUGAAAAAGUGAAUACAUUCUUCUCUAGUUAAAAAAUCUCUCCCUAAUUUCUGAAUCUUGCUUGUAAUUUCUGUAGGCUACAGUAGCGCGCGCGCACACUGGUAAAGAUUUCCAGCUGACAGGCAGACACUGGAAUAAGUUUCUGAGUGACAGAAUGAGGGCUUUGCAUAGCUGCUUUGUUGCAUUUUUUUGCCAGAACGUAAAAGAAUGUUAUUAACCGAUUCCCAUGCUUUUAUAAUAACGGUUCUGUUCAGGAACAGUGUAGAUCACAUUUGUUCUGAUACUGUUCCUUGAAAAUGUUGUGCUCUGUUCCCUGAACUAGUUCCAACACCUGCUACCAACAAGCUGCUGCACUUCAGUUGCCUUUUGGUUUAGGGAAUAGAUCCUCCACUGUGCCUCAGCUCCAUUUGUUUUCAAUAUUCUUUAUUUGUUCAACUAAAGGUCCAGAUCCUUUGAAUACACAUUUGUUAUGAAUGUGGUUCAAUUCCUAGAAUCAUUUGUUAUCCCCCCUUCCAUCCCAGUAUGUUAUCCUAUACCAUGAACCUGCCACGCUGUAAAAGGGAAUGUGGAAUUGUUACCAGGAGGGCAUUUUGAGACCGUUGUCAUACUGUUUGAUUGCUAUCAUGUCUCACUGUUGUGUGUGUGUGUGUGUGUGUGUGUGCGCACACAGGGAAUGGCCAGUAUUUAGCCUUUGUCAGAGCACCACACACAAUAAUACUGAUAAUAAUAAUCAUCAUCAUUAUGAUAAUGGUACAAAAACCUGUUUUUAUUAUUGACUGGUACAAACUGAACACCUCUAAAUUCUAUCAACAGCUUACUGUUGGGAAACUUGUGAAAUGUACCCCUUCCAACCUUAGGAGAAAUGCCCCCUGUCUACAGGCCUGGGUAAACUGGGCUGACAAAACCAGAUACUGUGAAUGUCAGUUUAAACAGAAUUACAUUUUGUAAUGUAUGCAUAUGUUUAGCCAUUUUCUAGGCUAAUUGUUUGUAAGCACUUGUUUUGCUAUUUACUUUAUCAAAAAUGGGUCAAAUUGUUUGACUUAUGAGAAUAUUCUUCAGAGAGCAGGAAUUCUAGAUGGUCAGUCAUAAGUUGUCAGUAGAGUGUCAGCCCAUUAUGUCAACGCCUGAAUGGAUGCAGGGGUGAUGUGCAGUAAUUUAUUGAAAUAAACUGUCUGAAACCAUUGUACCAAUGUCAAAGCUUAAACAUUGAAGUGUCUAAUAAAAUCACAUUUUUGCUAUUA